CAUAACACCCAAUCACAACCCACCAGCUUCAUUCACUGUUUUUUGUUUUGUUUUUUGUUUUAAUGUUCUCUUCCUUUGGUGGCUCCUCUUUGAGAAGAUAACAGCAAAGUUUGUUAUUAAGAUUCAUUCCUUGAAACUUUGGUGACUUCACUUUUUCAGCUUCCAUAUAUUUCCCUCUUUUCCAUUUGGGGCUCUAUUCCUUAUUUGUGCUUAGUUUUUUUUACCUUUCUCUUUUCUUUGUUGCUUUGACAUCAAAGGAAAAGUAAAUAAAGAGGGAAAAAAAAAAGUGUGUUUUUUUUUUUUUUAAAACCAGUUUUUGUUUUUCUUCUUCAAUCCCUCAUAAAUUCUGAGUCUUUCUGCUCUUGCCUAAUUGGGUUUUGCACAUUUAUUGUCUUAGGCAUCUUCCCUUUUGUUCUUCUAAUUGUUUUCCCAAUUGGGUUGAGCUGAAGUUGAAGCUGCAGAAAGAGUUGUCAGUCUUUUUAUUUUUUUCCUCUCUGAAAGUUGUCAUUUUUUCUUUUCUUCUAAAAGAAUUCUAAGCAGUUUUCAAGUUAUUUUUUUGUGGGAUUUUUGGUUUGUUUCAGUUCCAUUUUAGUAUCUGGGAGGGAAGUUCAUUGGGUUUAGAUCUCACAAGUGUUUCUAGGGUUAUUAUUCUUGGACCAAUUAGGUAAUAGUCUUCAAUCUCAAUUUGGAGCAUUCUCUUUGAUAUUUUUGAAAGUGGGUCUUUUCUAGAUUCCUGAGGAGCAUGACUCCUUUUCUCUACAUGAAAAAAGGUAUUCUGAUUCCUUUCAAAAUGCUUGUGGAUUUAUCCUUGAUAUUGUUGUGGUAAAAUCUCCACCUCUAAUUCUCAUAUCUCUCUGCUUUCCCCCUUUUUUCUUCCUGUUAAUCAACCCUGUUUCCUUUAAAGUUUUGAUCUUUCAAGUGAAAAUCUUUUGAGGCUCAUACACAUAAAACCAUCCCUGAAUUGGCUAAAACCUUCUUUUACAUGCUCACAUAGUUUGUGUUUCUAACUUUGGUGUGAUGAAGUGGGAAAUGGAAAUCCUCCCUCCUGCACCAUAUAUUCACAACCCCAACAACACCAAUUGGUUUUUGGAAGAUCACAGGAACACUAAAUGGACUCCUGCAGAGAACAAGCUGUUUGAAAAUGCUCUUGCUGUGUAUGAUAAGGACACCCCUGAUAGGUGGCACAAAGUUGCUGAAAUGAUACCAGGGAAAACAGUUGGUGAUGUGAUGAAGCAGUACAAGGAAUUAGAAGCAGAUAUUAGUAACAUAGAAGCUGGGUUGAUCCCAGUUCCUGGCUACAGUACCACCACCUCACCCUUCACCUUAGACUGGGUGAACACUCCUGGUUAUGAUGAUGGGUUUAAAGGACUCACUGCAAAGAGAUCCUCCUCAGGAAGACCUCCUGAUCAGGAAAGGAAGAAGGGUGUGCCAUGGACUGAAGAGGAACACAAGUUGUUUCUACUUGGUUUGAAAAAGUAUGGGAAAGGUGAUUGGAGAAAUAUUUCUCGCAAUUUUGUUAUGACUAGAACCCCAACUCAAGUUGCUAGCCAUGCUCAGAAGUACUUCAUAAGGCAACUUUCAGGAGGCAAAGAUAAGAGGAGGGCUAGCAUCCAUGACAUAACAACAGUUAAUCUCACAGAAACCACAAGAACAACAACUCCUUCAGAAGACAGCAAGAGAUCCACUUCACCACAGCAUUCUAUGAUGCUCUCACACCAGCAGCCAAAUUCUACUGCUGCCACAUCUGGAGUGCAUUUUCAGUGGAAUAAUCAGCCAAAUGAAGGAGUGGCUAUGGCUCUCAAUCCUUCACAUGAACAAGUGUUCAUGUCUCCUUAUGGGCUUAACCCCUAUGGGUUUAAAAUGCAGUGCCAAAAUCUGCACAGAAGUCCUCUUCAUGAGUCUUCUUACUUAGUACCCCAGACACAAAACAUGGUUUUCCAAAUGCAAUCCUCCCAACACUAUUCCCAUGCAUGAUAUAGUGGUUGUAUUGAAUUAUUUAUGGUCAGAACCAGUACUUUUUGUUCAGUUCACUAGUACAGUGUUUGUGCUUUUUACCAAGUUCUAUGUGAAUAUCUUACAUUAGAAUAUUAGUUAGUUCUUGCCUUCUC